GGUGGAGACUGAGAGCUCGUUGACGUCAGCAAACUUAUCCAGCAGCUGUAGAGGCGAGCGGAGGAGGAGAGGGAAUGAGACUGCUGGAUGUGGAGCUCGGACUGUGGAGCUCUGAGGACCGUGGGCUUUUUUUUCUUCUACGGGACUGUUAGGACUUCUUCUUCUUCCUUCAGAAAGAUGCAGCACUAAUGAGCCUUUAGAUGAGUGAGGCCCGACAAAGAAACCUGAACAUCAAGAGCCCACAGUAACAGUGGAAUAUUGGCAGUAACUCAGGAGGGACCUCAGAGACACACAUUUUCCACUAUGAACCGCGCCUUCAACAGGAAAAAAGAUAAAUCAUGGAUGCACACCCCGGAUGCACUGGCCAAGCAUUACAUAGCCUACAAUGCCAAGUUCCUUGGAAACACAGAGGUUGAAGCUCCAAAAGGCACAGAAGUUGUAAAGGAUGCAGUCAGAAAGCUAAAGUUUCAGAGGCAUAUCAAGAAGUCAGAGGGACAGAAGAUUCCCAAAGUGGAAUUACAGAUCUCCAUUUAUGGUGUGAAAAUACUAGAUCCCAAGACAAAAGAUGUGCAGCAUAACUGUCAGUUACACAGGAUAUCCUUCUGUGCAGAUGACAAGACUGAUAAAAGGAUAUUUACUUUUAUCUGCAAAGACUCAGAGUCUAACAAGCAUCUCUGCUAUGUGUUUGACAGUGAGAAGUGUGCAGAAGAGAUAACUCUAACCAUUGGUCAGGCCUUUGACUUGGCCUACAAGAAGUUCCUUGAGUCUGGAGGCAAAGACGUGGAAACCAGGAAACAGAUUGGAAGCCUUCAGAAAAGAAUUCAGGAACUGGAAACAGAAAACUCCGAGCUUAAGAAACAGCUUCAGGAUCUUGAAGAACAGCUGAUGAUAGCUCAUGUGCCACCACCGCUGCACAUAAGCGCAGCUAAUGAAGCUUACAUGCUGCAGAGGCCCUCCUCUCUCUUCUGGUGUCACAGCAUCAAGUCGCUGUCCUGUCUGGAAAUCUCCUCUGUCACACUCACUCCUAUGAGCUCGCCAGAGUCCAACUUGUCCGCGGGGCUACUAACUCCUCCGCCUGCCAAACCUGCUCUCCUUCCUCCUAAGCCUUCUGAGGGAUGCAGCAUCCCACGGCCUCGCGCAGGCAGUAUCUCCAUGAAACCGCAGUCCACAGACAUUUUCGACAUGGUUCCCUUCUCCCCUGUGACACCGCUGGUGCCCACACCGGCCAGUAACGGCUGCCCACCACCACCGCCAACCACAUUGCCACCUGAUAUAAGGAAAGAUUUAUUUGGUGCUGAGCCAUUUGAUCCGUUCACCUGCGGGGCAGCUGACUUCCCUCCAGAUAUUCAGUCAAAGCUGGAUGAGAUGCAGGAGGGGUUCAAAAUGGGACUAACCUUAGAGGGCACCGUCUUCUCUCUGGACCCGCUAGACAGCCGCUGCUGAUGUCAAGAAGAUGCUCCUUGUCGCAUACUUUUAUCUUGUUUGUAUGAAGAAGUGCCAAAACCCACUCCACAGCUGAGUCGAGAUGUCACAGUUUUCAUCUUGAGGUUUAUAUGCAUUUGCAUUUAGAUUGGUUUUUCGAUAUUUCAAGGUAAACUGAGAUCCAUUAUAGAAAAGAACUAUUUUUGUAAAAAAAAAAGAGAAAAAAAAUGAGAGGAGUAGGUUUGAGAACCUUUGCUUGCACAGGCGAUGAGAGAUGUAAAUAGCGGAGUAAUAGCUGAAUGGUACACUCUGUGGCAGACUUUUCAUAUGAGACAGUUUGUGUGUACGCGCCAUUUGAAUUCUGUAUUGUUGACACAUUCCUGUUUGUACGCCAAACACAAGCUGGCACGAGAAAAUGAAUGGAACCACAAACUUUCAGCUUGGCCAUAACAUCACAUGCUGCACAUACUGUAGCUUAUUUUACUCGACAUGAAGUCACACAUUAUGUAGUUAAUUAAUCCAGUUGGAUAUAUGUAUUACGUACUGACAUUUCUACCUUUUCUUUUUGACAUUGAGGGUUUUUAUUCUUCUUCUUGUUCUGUUUAUUUGUUUUUAUUUUCUGCAUUUCACAAGUUGGAGUCAGCAUUUCAGUAUUUACGUCUCAUAUUAUUACUUUGUCAUCAUUUUGCUCACCUCUUUUCUUUCACCAGAAGGCACUUUUUUGGACAGACUGUCCAUACAUGCAGUACUAUUCCCAUUAUUUUACUUUUGGUUGCAUUGACUUUGCUGUUACAGUUAUUAAAGAAAAUCUUACCAAAAAAGAAAAUCUACACAAUAGUUUUUGUGUUUGAAUUUGAGAACGACAAUUGGCUGUCUCUAGCAGCGUGGUUUAAGGGAUGGCAGUGUUGUUUGCUAUGUCCAGACUAAAAUGUCUUAAAAACUAUGGGAUGGAUUGCCAUAGAAUUUAAUACAGAUCAAAACCUCAGUACGGGGUAAACAAGGAAAUAUUACCUUAAACAUCAGCAUGUCAGCAUUGUUAUUGUGAGCUUGUUAGCAUGCUUACAUUAGCAUUUAGUUGAAAGCACCACGGUGUCUAAGUACAGCACAGAGCUGACAGCAUGGCUGGAGAUUCUUAGUCUUGUUUUAGUGUUUUCUUCAGUUUCAGUAACACUUCACUCUGCCAUUGUCCUACUUUCUCAUUCUGUGGUCUGGCUUCACAUUUUCCUAAAUUCAUCCCAGAUUUCCUGUUUUUGCCCCAAGAUUUCACACCCUCUUGAGGCUGAAAUGAUUCUAUUAUGGUGCAAAGUUUUUGAAAGCACUAAAUGAACUCUCCUCAAACAAGAACAGGCAGAGAGAAAUAUUUUCAAUAUUUAUUUUCAAAUGAUGAAAUGCAUCUGCUUCCAGUGUGGAAAGCUCCCUCCUCCUCCUCCUCCUCCUCCAUCUCCUCUCUGCCUCUGGGGUGUGAGCAGGCAGCCAAGCCUCGCAAAGUUUUACAAAUCUAUAAUAAAUAUGCUCAAAUAUGAACCAAGUGAUCACAAUGGAAUUGCUUGAAGGCACAUUCAUAAAAAUUUAAAACAAACAGUUUACAUUAGAAACAACUGGAACUAUGUCAAGUACAUUUGUUUUUAAGCUACAAAAAUAUGUCAGAAAAUGAGUCUGUGUGCAAAAUAACAAACUUAAAGGACCUAACUAUACCUGAAUUAAUAUGACAGGAGCUUAGGGGGAUUAACAAGCAUUUUGUUUAAUUUGUUGCAUAGCAAGAAAUACAAAGCAAACAGGCACUCACAGCCACCUUAUUCUAUAAAACUGAUUAUAAAAAAAAAGAAAAAAAAAAAGAAGAAGAUUUCAAGAGCAUAUAAGUCCAGGAUACUGCAAAGGGGGAACUGACAUGCAUAAAAAUAGAAUAUUCUGUGCUACCGUUUACUGUACCGUAUGAAAGUCGAGGGACAGAAAAACGUUACAAAUCACCACACACCACUCACACAACACCUCAUUCAUCUCUCCAUCGUUGACAGAAAGAUCUUUAUUGGCAUCCCCAAACCCUGCCCUGUACCGCAUAGCUGGGAGACGUGCACAAAGAUCACACUACUUACAAAACAGCACCUGUGAAAAAAAGAUUUACAUGUAGUGUCAUCGUUUUCUCAGUUUCGGUGACGAGGUAGCUAACACUGAGGAAUCGACAGUCUUAAUGUGUCUUUAAUGUUCUACGUGAUCAGGUACAGAGUUUAGAAUAACUGGAUACAGACAUUGGUUCAUCAAAACUGUCUUGAGAAAAUACCUGAACUGUAUUUGUUUCCUCAAUAGCACCACAAUGUUGUUUUAUAUUCAGACAUAUAAAAU